ACAAAAACGGCAAAGUGUCGGACAGAGUUUGAGACAAAGGGAGGGGGGCUUAGCGUCAGUUGUCCGGCUCCGCUCGCCGCUGGAUGGGUGUUCGUCGAGGUUAAGGUCGCAGGACGUGAAAUUAACCGCCCGGGUGAAGAUGAAGCUGCUGAAGCCGAGCUGGGUGAGCCACAACGGCAAACCCAUAUUUUCAGUCGACAUCCAUCCUGAUGGGACUAAAUUUGCGACCGGAGGCCAAGGGGAGGAUUCGGGGAAGGUGAUGAUCUGGAACAUGGCUCCGGUCCUCAGAGAGGAGGACGAGAAGAAUGAGAAUAUUCCCAAGAUGCUUUGCCAGAUGGACAAUCACCUAGCCUGCGUGAACUGUGUGCGAUGGUCCAACAACGGCUUGUAUCUGGCGUCGGGGGGCGACGACAAGCUGGUCAUGGUGUGGAAGAGAGCCGCAUUUAUCGGUCCGAGCACGGUGUUCGGGUCGAGCAGCAAGCUGGCCAACGUGGAGCAGUGGAGGUGUGUCACCAUCCUGAGGAACCACACCGGAGAUGUGAUGGACGUGGCGUGGUCUCCUCACGACGUCUGGCUCGCCUCCUGCAGCGUCGACAACACCAUCGUCAUCUGGAACGCUCGCAAGUUCCCAGAGAUGGUGACUUGCCUGCGAGGCCACACCGGGCUGGUGAAGGGCCUGACGUGGGAUCCGGUGGGGAAGUACAUCGCCUCGCAGGCCGACGACCACAGCCUGAAGGUGUGGAGGACGGUGGACUGGCAGAUGGAGGCCAACAUCACCAAACCCUUCAGCGAGUGCGGCGGCACGACACACGUCCUGCGUCUGUCCUGGUCUCCGGACGGUCAGUACUUGGUGUCGGCCCACGCCAUGAACAACUCGGGACCCACGGCCCAGAUCGUGGAGAGGGACGGCUGGAAGACCAACAUGGACUUCGUGGGCCACCGCAAAGCUGUCACCGUGGUGAAAUUCAACCCAAAGAUCUUCAAGAAGAAGCAGAAGAACGGCAGCUCUCCCAAACCCAGCUGCCCGUACUGCUGCUGCGCCGUCGGCAGCAAAGACCGCUCGCUCUCCGUCUGGCUGACCUCGCUGAAGCGCCCCCUGGUGGUCAUCCACGAUCUCUUCGAUAAGUCUAUUAUGGACAUUUCCUGGACUCUGACCGGUUUGGGGAUGUUGGUGUGUUCGAUGGACGGCACCGUCGCCUACCUGGACUUCUCCCUGGACGAGUUGGGAGACCCGCUGAGCGAAGAGGAGAAGAACAGCAUCCACCAGAACAUCUACGGGAAGAGCCUGGCCAUCACCAGCACCGAGGCUCAGCUCUCCACCACCAUCAUCGAGAACCCCGAGAUGCUCAAGUACCAGCAAGAGCGACAGAACUCGGCCCAGGCCAACGCCGGGCCGGGCAGCGCCGGGCCCGAGUCCUCGGCGCCCAAACUCAACAGCGUGAUAAACGGAGAGUCUCUGGAGGACAUCAGGAAGAACCUUCUGAAGAAGCAGGUGGAGACGAGGACGGCUGACGGCAGGAGACGGAUCACGCCGCUCUGCAUCGCUCAGCUGGACACUGGGGAUUUCUCGCCGGCUCUGUUCAACAGCGCUCCCAUCCUGCCGUCGGGCUCCUCCAUGUCCAGCCAGCUCACCAACCAGCUCAGCUCCGACUCCAGCCCAGGACAGGCCUCCUCUCUGGGACUGAGGCCGAGCCACGACGCCAUGCUCACCUCUCCUCCAGCCAACAGCGCCGCCAAGGGGCUGGAGGACAACAACGACGGUGUGAAGUCCAGUCUGCUGCUCACGUCUGCCUCCAAGAUCGAGCCGAUGAAAGCAUUGGACUCGAGGUUCACCGAGAGGUCGAAGGCCACGCCUGGGGUCACGGCCGCCAUCACCUCCACCGCCGGACUCACGCCUCUCGACAGCCGGCCGAAGGACGCCCUCUCCGCCCUGAAAGACGCCAAAACCAAAGAGGAGACCAGCAGUGACAGCGAGGACAAGAUGGCCGCCAUCAACAAGAACCUGGCGUUCGGGAAGAGGAAACCGGAGCUGCUGCUGGACGGAGGAGAGGUGGUGGAGAAGAGGAAGAAGGGACGGCCCAGGAAAGACAAGAUGGCCGCCACCAUCCCUCAACCCUUCCCUCAGAUAACUCCUCCAGCUGAGCGGGAACCCAGCAGGGUCUCGGCUCCUCCGGCUCCGGUCGCUGUUCUCAAGCUGCCGACACCGAGUACAAAGAAGGCCUUCAGUCUGCAGGUGAGCAUGGAGCCGUCGGUGUUCCUGGAGGUGGAGAACGAGGUGACGGUGGUGGCAGGGUCCAAGCUCAGCCAGCUGAGGUGCUCCAGAGACGGCCGGGACUGGAACACUCUGCUGCCCAGCUCGGUGGUCACGGCUGCAGGCAGCAGUGACGUUCUGGCCGUCGCCUGUGAGGACCGGAUGCUGUCGGUGUUUUCCUCGUGUGGGCGGCGCCUCCUCCCGUCCAUCCAGCUGUCCUCGCCGGUGUCGGCGCUGCACUGCUCGGCCCACUUCGUCAUGGUUCUGACGGCCGGAGCGACGCUUUCCGUCUGGGAUGUUCACAAGCAGAAGGCUCUGGUGAAGAACGAGUCCCUGCUGACCAUCUUAACCGGUGCCGACACCUCGGUGUCCCAGUCUCUGCUGACCCAGCAGGGAGUCCCGGUCGUGGGGCUGUCCAGCGGGAAGUCGUACUGCUUCAGCUCCUCCCUGGAGACGUGGACUCUGAUAGCGGAUAAAGGAGACUCUCUGGUGCAGUGUGCCGACUUCAGGAGCUGCCUGCCGACCCACGAUGCACCGGCGUCCUCGGGGCCGCUGGCCGUCAUGCAGGGACGCAACCUCAACGCCGGUCGGCUGGCCUCCCGCCUCUCCUCCACCCCUCACCACCUGCAGCAGAGCAUGACGUUGGCCUUCCUGGAGAACCAGCUGGCGUCGGCUCUGACGCUGCAGUCGGCCCAGGAGUACCGGCACUGGCUGCUCAUCUACGCCCGCUUCCUUGUCAACGAAGGUUCAGAGUAUCGUCUCAGAGAGCUGUGCAAAGAGCUGCUGGGUCCCGUCCACAAGUCGGCAGCGACGUCCUGGGAGCCCACGACUCUGGGCCUUCGUAAGCGGGAGCUGCUGCGGGAGGUUUUACCCGUCAUCGGCGAAAACCUGCGAUUCCAGAGACUGUUCACCGAGUACCAGGACCAGCUGGAGCUGCUGCGCAACAAAUAACACACACACAGACUCACACAGAGACACACAGACGGGCUCGGCUCGGCUCGGCCGACCUCUGGAAGCCCGACGCUGCUCUGACUUUGAAAACACGAACCGAGCGUUUGUGAGAACUUUAGCAGCAGCUUUUCCGGCCGUCGCUCACCGAGGAGACGUUUCUCUUUUCUGUCUUUUCAGUUUGAACUUUUGUCCACCUUUUUGUUUUCCCCCCUCCUUCUAUAUAAUUGUGCUUUUUCUGACCUAUGCACCUCCUCCUGCCCUCCGAAUCAUGAAAUGAAAACCUCGAAGGUCGCAGGUUUGAUUCUGUGCAGCGUCAGAGUCCGAAGUUCUCAGAGAUGAAAAUAUGAAUCAGUUGUAAAGGAGCAAUAUGUUGGUACCAAAGUGAUCCAGAGGAGGGUUUCUGAAGGCUGGAGGUGAUGUUUCCCGAAGCCAAAAUGAGGAAAAAAGUUGAUUAAACUGAGACAAACGCUCGAGUUCAGGAGGGAAUUCUGGGAAACGGAGUCACAAGGGAUGAAACGACGCUUCUGAAGCAGGAUGAAAAACACACGAGAAGCACAAUGGUUCGACAAAAUCAGCUGAAGCUGCUGCAGAACGGCCUGGUUUGCGGCUGUUUCUGCAGGAUUUCAUCUCCAGAAGUGGUGCGUUUAGCCAGGAACCACUGGAAAAAGUCGAAUAUGAGUCCUAGUGCCGACGAUUUGACCGCUCGGUUCCAGGGAAGCAGCCGAAAACAAGUGAACGCGAUGCCAGACGACAUGAAAAAAGUUUUUAAAAAUACAUCAAAGACGAUUCAUGAAGUGGUAACGCGGAAGUCCUGUGUAGAAAAUGAAACCAUCUCCGCCUCUAAAAUCGAAUGUUUUGACGUCGGUAUUGAAAAAAAAAAAUCUUUUCUUAAAUCAUGAAAUGUCCGACUGCAUCAUAUGUUCUGUUUUUCCAACGACAUGGCUAAAAGCUAAAAAACUGUAGGUCAACAAAUAAAGUCUCACAACUAACACAACUUUUUUUUUUCCAUUUUAA